AUGGCGUCGAACGAGUCAGGAGUCGGUUCCGGGUAUCGAAAAAGUCAACAAAGCAGCGGGAAUCGCCGUUCAACAGAUCAUCAACUUCCAGAUUCGUUGCAUCCUUCUCUAUCAAAUAAAGUUUCUGAUAGUGCUGCUACAAAUGAAGUUCAUGUAGCAGCUGAGUUUGGCAAGCAGUUGUUAAAAAUGUUUGUGGAUAAUGUUGAAAGUCAUUCUAAGCCGUCUAAGGACCAGGUCCAAAAAGUCUAUGAGUUGACACUGGCAAAAGCAUAUGGAACAGGAAAAUCUAGGGAAGUUGAGUAUACUCAAUCAUCUAGAGAGUUACAAUACCAACAACAGUCAUUUGACCCUUCAUUCACUCAUUCUGCUCACAAAGAACCAUUCCCACAAUCACAACAGAGUGUAUCUGCAACAGAAGCACCAUGCCAUAUUGAAAAAGACAAGGUACAAAGUGGCAAGGAUAUUCAGCAAGUAUUGAUGAAUUAUAUUGAACAGACGAUAAGAGCUGGAAGUAUGAAUGCCAGACCUAAGUCUCAGUUGGGAACAGUUGAUGGCAGUAUGUUGUCUGUAUGUGGGGAUCCAAGUUCGCAGGUGUCUAUGCAUCAAUUCAACAGUACACAGCAUUCUUCUGGAAGAAGCCACGACUAUGAUGGAGUAGCUAAUGUUGGCAAAGAUUAUGUGUAUUCUUCUACAGGCCACCAAACCCUUGUUAGCAUGGAAGGCAUGUAUCCACCUGGAAAUAACAAAACCUCUGACAGGGGAGCUAUUGUUGGCAUAGAUGGCAUGUAUCCCACUGGAAGUAACCUAACUUUUGACAGAGAAGCUAAUGUUGACAGAGAUGGUAUGUAUUAUUCUGGGGGCAACAAAAUGUUUGACGGAACAGCUAUUGUUGGCAGAGAUGACAUGUAUUCAUCUGAAAGUAGCCAAGCUGUUGACAGUGCAGCUAAUGUUAGCCGAGAUGCAGUGUAUCCUCCUGGAGGCAACCAAACCUUUGAUAGAGCAGCUAACGUUGGCAUAGAUGGCAUGUAUUCUUUUAGAGGCAACCAGGAUUAUGAAAGAGGUGCUAACGUCAGCAGUGAUGACAUGUUGUCCUGUGGAUAUAACCAGUCUUCUAACAGAGCAUUUAAUCUUAGUGGAGAUGCUUUGUAUUCAUCUGGAAAUAGUCAAUGCUAUGACAGAACUACUAAUGUUGGUGGAGGGACAAUAUAUUCAUCUCAAAGUAGCCAAGACUUUGACAGAGUAUCUAAUGUUCAUGGAGAUGUCAUGCUUUCUUCUAGAGUUAACCAAGGCUUUGCCAGUGGUUCUUAUAUUCAUGGAAAUGUCAUGCAUCCUUCUAGAGGUAGCCAAGGUUUUGAAAGAGAAUCUAAUAAUCAUAGAGAAGUUGUACAUUCUUCUGGAGGUAGCCAAGGCUUUGACAGAGGAUAUAAUGUUCAUGGAGAUGUCAUGCAUUCUUCUGGAGGUAGCCAAGGCUUUUACAGAGGAUCUAAUGUUCAUGAAGAUGUUAUGCAUUCUUCUGGAGGUAGCCAAGGUUUCGACAGAGGAUAUAAUGUUCAUGGAGAUGUCAUGCAUUCUUCUGGAGGUAGCCAAGGUUUCGACAGAGAAUAUAAUGUUCAUGGAGAUGUCAUGCAAUCUUCUGGAGGUAGCCAAGGCUUUAACAAAGGAUCUAAUGUUCAUAGAGAUGUCAUGCAUUCUUCUGGAGGUAGCCAAGGCUUUGACGGAGGAUCUAUUGUUCAUGAAGAUGUUAUGCAUUCUUCUGGAGGUAGCCAAGGUUUCGACAGAGGAUAUAAUGUUCAUGAAGAUGUUAUGCAUUCUUCUGGAGGUAGCCAAGGCUUUAACAGAGGAUCUAAUGUUCAUAGAGAUGUCAUGCAUUCUUCUGGAGGUAGCCAAGGCUUUGACAGAGGAUCUAUUGUUCAUGGAGAUGUCAUGCAUUCUUCUGGAGGUAGCCAAAGCUUCAACAGAGGAUAUAAUGUUCAUAGAGAUGUCAUGCAUUCUUCUGGAGGUGGCCAAGGCUUUGACAGAGGAUCUAAUGUUCAUGGAGAUGUCAUGCAAUCUUCUGGAGGUAGCCAAGGCUUUGACAGAGGAUCUAAUGUUCAUAGAAAUGUCAUGCAUUUUUCUGGAGGUAGCCAAGGCUUUGAUCAAACAUUUUCAGUGGGUGGUGCUGAAAGUUCAUUGCUUUCCCAGCAGCAAGAUGACUAUUUGAGCAGUAUGCAGCAAUAUGGAAAUGACAUAUAUUCUUCUGGCAGUAACCAUUUCAUGGGCUAUCCACCUCAGAUACCAACAAGUCACAAGUCUAUUUCCCCAUGGGAAACUGUUGAUUCACAAAGAAAAAAAAGACGGUAUUCGGACUUGGGUGAUGACAAUAUUAUAAUAAUAAGACCUGGCACAAGCAAAUGGUUUUGUAAAAUUUGCAAACUGGAUUUCAGCAAUAUACAAUUGUUAAAAGAACAUGUAGAGCUUGAUGUACAUCAGUUGAGAAAAAGAUCACGUCCAAGUGCAUCACAUGUGAAGAGUAAUUUAGGUGUUGACAACGGAACCUCUACUUCAAGAACUGGAAACAUCACUGAAGAUAAUCCUAUUAUUAAAAGAUGUGGUGAUAAUACAUGGUAUUGUGAAGUCUGCGUUGAAUACUGUGGUGACUGGGAUGUAAGUAUUGUAACCACUGAAUACUGUGAUGACUGGGAUGUAAGUAUUGUAAUCACUGAAUACUGUGAUGACCGUGAUGUAAGUAUUGUAACCGCUGAAUACUGUGAUGACUGGGAUGUAAGUAUUGUAACCACUGAAUACUGUGGUGACUGUGAUGUAAGUAUUGUAACCACUGAAUACUAUGAUGACUGCGAUGUAAGUAUUGUAACCACUGAAUACUGUGAUGACUGGGAUGUAAGUAUUGUAACCAUUGAAUACUGUGAUGACUGGGAUGUAAGUAUUGUAACCAUUGAAUACUGUGUUGACUGGCAUUUGUUGAAUCGACACAUACGAAGUCAGAGACAUCUUGAAAACAGAUUAUUGGAUGAAUCGAAACAAAACCCAAUGAGUCGUGGUGAACAGCAGCCACAAGUGUCUGCUCUACUGAAACCAAAGAAACGUAAAUCAUCUAAAGGAAAAAAAAGUAAAGGUGGUAAAGUAGAAGGUGAUAUGCCGUCUAAUGAAGGACUGUAUAAAGUGAUUACAGAUUGGCCAGAGGUAAUGAAACUACUCAGAAAAUGUGGUCUUACUGGGAAUGAGCAAUUUCACAGUGUAGAAGAACUCAUGGCUGCUCAAUAUAGAAUAUCUGUUGAAAGGAGACUGAACGAAAAAAUAAAAGUAUGUGAGGAUGGUGAUGACCUAUGUCUUGUUUGUUUCUGUGAUAUACCCAAAGGAUCUGGUGAUGAUCAUGUUAAGAAUUCCUCUCAUCAUCUCAAUGCUGCUAGACAUUUUGAAAUAAUACUUAAGAUGUUGAAUAUUUUGAAGAAGUUGUCAAAUCCUGACUCCCAAUCAGAGGCAUUCAGGCUUGCUGAUUCAUAUGGAGAGAUAAACAUAGAUAUCUCAACGAAAGAAUGUAAUUUGUGUGAAAUCAAGUCAUCAACUCGGAUUACCAAACAUUUAAAAGAUGCAAUGCAUUCACGCCUAGUACGAUGUGCUAACCUAAUUAUGGAGGUUUCCAAGGCUAUAAGACAGAAAGAAGAUAAGAAAAUUUGGAAAAUAAUCCAAAAUCAUGAAAGCAGACUUUUUGAAGCAAGUAGAGAGACUAGUGCUUUCUGUUGUAUAUGUCAGAAAAAAGUACAACAACCAUAUAAGGCUCAUGGAUUGACCAAGACGCACAGUUACAAUGUCUACAAUUUAGAGGAAUUAGUAAUUGGACUCCAUGAUCUGAAGCCAUUAUUAAACCAGUAGAAAAAUUCAACAAUACAGGAUGGUGUUUGGUUUCAAAUAGCCACAAUACGACAGCUAUUCACAUCGUGUUCAGACUGUGUGUUGAUAUAUUUUUUUGAGUUUUAACUACAAAUUUUUACCUAAGAUGUUUCAAUUUUAAUCAAUUGUACUAUGUCAUAGCCAGAAUACAGUCUCCUGCUUUUGAAUAUCUACAAAUUGUACACAUAUUCCAAUACAACAACCGUUCACAUCUUAGGGGACUUGUAAGGAAUCCUAUGCAUAAGGCUCACUUAUAUGUACUAAACAAACUUUUACAAUACUUCUCCGCGAGAGUGGGUCCCAAAACUAUGCAAAAUAUUUUAGGCUAAUGUUUUUAAGACCUAAAUGACAUGUGGGGAAGCCGACUAUGACAUGAUACUACAUGUACUAAUGUAACGAACUGUAACACUAUUAUAGUGUCUUGUAUCAAGCAUCUCUACUGGUGUACUGAUAUACAAGUGGAGCUUCUUUCUGUAUUUAUCAGUUGUUUAAUACAUUC